AUGAUUGGCAAGGAGAUGAAUGCGGCUCGGCCGUGGCAUAUAAUCGUCAAGUUUUCUUAUAUGCGACCAGAUGCAUUCCUUCUGUUAUUACUGGCUGCAACGGCUGAUACACAGUGGGCUUUUCUACCUACAUGUGCUCAAUCAUGUCCCCAAGAAGGAGUCGCCGCAGCGACAAACUGUGAUUCCACCGAUUACAAGUGCUUGUGCGAAACCCACGAGUUCCAUCUCGUGUCUACGUGCUGUGUUCGCGCGAACUGUGAUUCGGAGGAUGACUCUCUUGUAUUCGACGAUAGCCAGUCAUUUUGCGAUGCGUAUGGCGUGGCCAUCACCAAGAUACCGGAUUCGGAAUGUACCAGUACCUUUGGCGCAAGUGUAGCGACUGCUACUGCUACUGCUACUGCUACUGGGACUGGGACUGGGACUGGAUCAGCGACAGUAACCGCGGAGCCUUUCACCGUCACCAACACGGUAUCCAUAUCCAACGGCCGAGUCACCACAGUCACAUUCACAUACUCCCCUUCUGCCACCUCCACUGCCAGCGCUGGCAGUUCCUCGAGCGGAGGAUCAACUUCUAACAGCGACAAUGACAACGGCAGCUCCGACUCCGGGUCAUCCACGAGCGCUGCAAGUAACGGAAAGAAUCACUCUGGUCUCAGCCAAGGUGCGAAGAUAGGCAUUGGCGUUGGUGCUGGGGUAGGCGGUCUCGCUAUCAUAGCUGGCAUUAUCUGGCUGAGCGUUUAUUGCUGCUGUGCCGGUCGACGGCGAAAGUCACCACCAGCGUCGUCAUCAUCAGCAGCAACUGCAUAUACUCCAGUAAACACAAGCGGAGACCAACAGGAUGAAAAGCCAGCUGCAGCAGUUAACUUGAUGGUUAGUGACAGCAAGCCCGAAUUGGAUGCACAGCAAGUACAGCAGCCGCAGCAGCAACAACAAGCUCUCUCGACCUUGAGUCAAGCCCAACAACACAAUCCAGCCGCCGUGCCUUCAUCGGCGCUGCCUGCGGCUUACGCCGCUCCGAUUUCCCCUAUAGAUGGCGAUCGUGGUCGGACGUCGUUCGCACCAACGGGCUCGAGUGGUGGGCAUAAUUACUAUUAUCAGUCUCCGGAUGGAGGCGUGCAAGAAAUGAGUGGAACCUCGUCAUAUCGAUAUGACACAGCAGUUGCAACGCAGGCGGAGAUGCCAGCUGAUAAUAUUAGGCAAUAUGCCACUAGAUACGAAUUGCAAUGA